UGACUGUGUCCCUCUCCUGUCCCCUAGCAGUGACCCACUGGUGAUGCCGGGUGCGACCCUGUGCGUGGAGCAGCAGCCGUGAGCAGCAGCCGUGCCCGCUGGCCGUGCUGCCCACCACCAGCACCAUGCCCAUCCUCAAGCAGCUCGUCUCCAACUCGGCGCACUCCAAGCGGCGCUCGCGGGCCGACCUGACGGCGGAGAUGAUCAGCGCACCGCUGGGGGACUUCCGGCACACCAUGCACGUGGGCCGGGCCGGGGAUGCGUUCGGGGACACCUCGUUCCUCACCAGCAAAGCCGGCGAGCCGGAGGUAGGUGAGGAAUCGGGGGCCUCCAAGCCGGGGCUGCUGUCCCGCCGCUUCCGCAGCAGCAAGCGCUCGCAGUCGGUGACGCGCGGUGACCGGCGGGACAUGCUGGGCUCGCUGCGCGACUCGGCGCUCUUCGUGAAGAAUGCCGUCUCCUUGCCGCAGCUCAAUGAGAAGGAGGUGGACAGGAGCGCGGGGCAGCUGCCCAAGAGCCUCUCCUCCAGUCCCGUCAAGAAGAUGCCGGAGGAGAUGAGCCCCGAAGAGCAGCAGCGUCUCAACGGAGCGGCCGCCGGGCCGCUGAGCCCCGGUCUGGACGAGCGCGACUUCGGGGACAUCACGGAGCUGCCCGUUGUGGUGGCCAAGAGCGGGGCUGGCAUGAAACACGCCGAGUCCAUCAUGUCCUUCCACAUCGACUUGGGGCCCUCCAUGCUCGGCGAUGUGCUGAGCAUCAUGGAUAAGGAGCAGUGGGAGCAGGAUGAAGACCUCGAGGCGGAGGAGAGCCGUGAGGAGGGGGAUGUUGCUGUACCCGGUUCUCCAGUGGCCGCGCAGAGCCAGAGUCCAUCCCGCAGCGCCGACGGCCCCAGGGACAGCAGUGCGGCAUCCGGCUGUGCCUCAGGGCCGGGGGAGCGCAGCCCCCUCCCAGUGGGGGCACAGAGCCAGCGGGGCCCUCCGAAGCGCCCUGACAAGGAGUUCUCCUUCGCCGAUGAAGAUGAUGAUGAGAUCAGGGUAUAGGGCGGGCGGUGAGCUGAGGGGACUGGUUCUCAUUUGUGAUUGCUUGGACACAGGGAUGGGUGACCCAGUGCUGGGGCUGGCAGCACCAGGAACGCUUUGCUCCUCUCCCUCCCGGAGUGCCGGUGCCAUCCCAUGGUGAUAGGAUAGUGCUGCCCUGGGAAAGCUCCAGCGCAUCCCUGGACAAGGAACAGACUCAAUCUUGGUUCUUUCUGUUGGACUUUGGAUGCUAGUGCUCUUUUUUUUCUUUUCUUUUUUUCCCCUGCCCACGUAAAGCAUUAUAGAAUCAAACAAGAUGAGGCUUUGACGUUUUAGUCCCUCUAGUAAUAUAUAUAUUUUUUUCCACCAUAAGGUUUUUACUGCUCUCUGAUUUGUACUUAACUUUCUUUACUCUUGCUUUUGUUUUUUUUUUAACGGAGGGGACAUUUCCCAUGAGGAAGGACUCGAACUCAGAGCCCUGGGACAGCUGGCAGCUCUGGGUUUCUUAGGGACUUUCUGCAGUCUGAGAGCCUCUGCCUUUGUGCUGCAGUGGGGACUUGCUCCUCACACUUCAGAUGGAUGCUCCAUCCCAGCAGUGACACACUCCAUAUGGCCCUGACACUAAUUGUGCUGAGGACACCAAUAGGACCGUGGGUCUGUGCCUGGGGAUGAAUGCCUGGGACCCCCCAGUCCAGCAUGCUGGUGGCUGCUGCUGUGGGGCUGUGCUGGUGCAGGCAGGUGGAAGAAAAAGGUUUUAUACCAUGUAUGUAAAAAUGUGAAGAAUAAAGGAAAUGCUAGUGACAGCA